GAGUCGCUCGUACGUGUGUCGCGUGUGCAUGUGCGUUGUCGCAUGAAUUUUCGCAGGUGGUGAUUUUUCGGUGCCGCGACGACAGGGGCCCGAGGUGUGCGCCGGUCGGCGUGUCGGCACUCGAGGAGCACCAACGUGAGUCCGAGGCGCAUUGAUCGAAGGGCGUAGCCCGAAAUCAAGGGAGAAAAAGGGGCCCCGAGACCGUGUGCGCGUAACACGUAACCUAGCGUUCGGUUUCGUGCCCAUCCCGUGAGAAAAUUACGAGAACACGCACGUAAGGAGAAGUGAGGGAGUAAGAGAAGAAGAAGAGGAGGAAGAGGAGAGGAGGAGGAGGAGGUUUGACAAGCGGACCAUCGAACUGGCGCAGCACGACAUUACACAAUGUCGAGUCGAUUCUCGUCGGUGGCGUAGUUUCUGUAACGUGUGCGCGGCUGGGGGUUGUGCAUUUUGUCAGUGAGCAACGUUCGAACGAAAAUAGUUGCCAAUGUGUAAUUCGGCGGACACUUCCUACGUACAAAAGUUGGGUUAUCUGCAGCUUGACGAUGAGACCGCGGACACUGGUGGUGCGACAGUUGCGGGCAGAGUCUCGGGCUCCAGGCCUGAAGGCCAAGUGCCUGUAUCGAGGAACCUAGCUAACAGAAACGAUGCCAGAGCGUCUGGUAGACCGGUCGGUGCUAUCGAGAGCUUUAUCGAGGGCAAUACCUCGGAUAUCGCCAGGCAAACAGCCUCCGCCGACUACAAGCUGUACGAACGUGAGAACAUAAUAGCCGCUUCGAGAUUCGCUACGCCCAAGCCAGUGGAGCAGAUCAGUGCGCAACAGCAGCAACAACAGCAGAGUCAAGCUCGCGGGAGUCUCCAGCAGGUUCCUGUUUAUGAGAACAUAGAUUAUUAUCAGCAACAGAGCCAGCCGCAUCCUCCUUAUUACCAUCCAGUUGAGUCCCGGAAAAGCCCCAAAAGCAGUCCUAGAGGUUCGUUAGCCAGCGAGUCUUAUGAGGGAAAUUUUAGGAAGGCUCAGCCGCAAGUACCAACUGGUAAUCGUUAUCAAAACACAUCACCUGCCAAGGAAUUACCACCGUAUGAAGCACCGCCAGUAUACGAGAACAUACAGGAGGUACAUUUUUCUGAUAAUAUACAAAACAAACCGGGGCCUCAGGUACCACCUAAUUAUUAUCAUCCGGCGAACAUCAAUGGUGGUGAUUAUGUCGUUAUGACUGGGAAAGUUAAUCAGUCUCAGAAUCAGCGCGGAAUGACCCAGAGUUUGUCGUAUACGCAACAGAGAGGUGGAAGCGCGCGUGGCCAGAGUUACGAUGCUUCAAGUUUACAGCGAUCGAUCGAUUCAUCCACAUCCAGGUACUUACAGGGCUCAUCCUCCGCUUCUUCAGAUCACCAGGCUGGAAGGAGCGCUUACGUUCCCCCUUCCGAACUACAACCGCCAAACCGAAACUUCAGUUACAGCUCUGAUCAGCAACAGCAACAGCAGCAAUCUCCUAGAUCUGGUUUACCAUAUCACAGUGAGUCCCCUCCGAUACGCUUGCCACCUGAACCUCACCAUUAUCGCAGUGCACUGGACAAUACUAUGAGCGGACAACAAGGAUUUCGCGCCACCAAUCAGAUCGACAGCCAAUCCUCGCAGUUCCGGCAGGAUAAUACUCAGAAUUACAAGCAGUAUAUCGAACCAUCCUCAAGAACGUCAAAUACAAAUUUCCCAGGGGACACACAAGCCAGGAAUUCUCCGGUGUACGGAAUUCGUCCAGGAGAGCAGACAGCGUGCCGUAAUUCCCCGUGUUAUUCUCCAAAUCGUGGAAUGCCUCAGAAUGAGAGGAAUUAUCAUCAGGAGAACCGGGCUGAUUUUCCUACGAGAAAUUCUCCCGUUUAUUCUUCGAAUCGUUCCGCAGAACACUUGAGAUUAGGCAUACAACAAAACGACAGGAACUACGUGCCAGACGUGUCAGAUCCCCCAGCUACCAGGAGCUCACCUCUCUACUCUCCAAGUCGAAGUGAUCCUACCAGGGCCAUUAUUGGCAACAACAAUACUACAAGAGGAUCACCGAAAACAAGCCCAACGCAUAGUCAAAUAACAUCAGAUAUUAAUUCGCAGAGUAUAAUCAAUUCACCUAGACAUGGGCCGCUUUCUUUAUCUAACAAUACCAUUGGGAGUCCUGUACGUGGGCAGGUGCAAGCCCCUGUUACUAGUGCUGCAACUACUACCAGUGAAGCUGACACUAAUAUUGGUCCUAGGAUAACUAGUCUUCCCCCUGGCGUCACUAGUGGAGUUGCAGGGCCUGUUUUUUUAAAUGCCGGUGUACCUGUACUACAAAGGCCCUCCGAUCCGGAAGCAGAAGAGAUAAAAUCUGUUAGUCCGCCGAUCAAACCUGCAUCUGGGAAAGGAUUGCUUCCCUACAAUGUCAUUCCACCUAGACCUUCGGGGCCAACGGAAGCGGAGAGAAAGAUAGAGGAACUGACGAGACAGUUGGAGGAGGAAAUGGAGAAGCAGGAGGAGGAAGGAGAAUACUUCGGUAUUUGCCAUACGUGCGGUGAGAAAGUGACCGGCGCCGGACAAGCUUGUCAAGCAAUGGGCAACCUCUAUCAUACCAAUUGCUUUAUAUGCUGUUCCUGCGGAAGGGCGCUCCGCGGCAAAGCCUUCUACAACGUUCACGGGAGGGUUUAUUGCGAGGAGGACUAUUUGUACUCCGGUUUCCAACAGACGGCCGAGAAAUGCGCGAUUUGCGGUCAUCUCAUCAUGGAAAUGAUACUGCAAGCGAUGGGCAAGUCGUAUCAUCCAGGCUGCUUCAGGUGUUGCGUGUGCAACGAAUGCCUCGAUGGCGUUCCCUUCACCGUCGACGUUGACAACAAAAUUUACUGCGUGAACGAUUAUCACAGAAUGUUCGCUCCUAAGUGCGCGUCUUGCGGGAAGGGAAUCACGCCGGUUGAGGGCACCGAGGAGACAGUCAGGGUAGUCUCCAUGGACAAAGACUUUCAUGUGGAUUGUUACGUUUGUGAAGACUGUAACAUGCAGUUGACCGAUGAGCCGGAUAAACGGUGCUACCCACUCGACGGCAGGCUUAUGUGUCGUGCGUGCCACAUUCAACGCCUAUCCCACACGCAACCGAGGGCACCGCAACCAGUAUCGGCGAGCUAUCAAUUUAUGGGCUAAGUUGCACCGGUGGUCGUGCUUGAAAUUCUGUCAGACGGAACUGCGCGCGUAAUGAUCGUCCGAUAACGAAUAAUCCGUGGGAAUUAUAACUAACAAGCAGUGUUCAGCGAUAUUCAAAAUUCCAGAAAUCUGAAACUAUGCAUAAUGUAAGGCAAAUCGACCUAAGAACGGGACAACUUUUCGUCGGUGCUCAGAAAUGGUUCGACAGACGGGAAAUAUUCUCAAAACUAUGAGAUCAACCAAAUGUUACAAGCAGAAAAUUUUACAUGAUUUCCUCCGGCCUGUAGUGGCCGUGGACUUUCGAGAAACAUUUUAUAAAACAUUUUACCCCUGACUACCCAUAAUUUUUAGAAUUUUUAUUCUUUGACUAUAACUAAAAAGACAUUUUAAGACAAUUCUUACAUAACGAAUUGACAUUGAAUUAACAUCAAAUCGACAUCAAAAACGCCUACUAAAUCACAUCAAUUAUAUUCCGAUUUGGCAUUAUCCGAUAUCACUAAUCUGAUUAUCUUUUGAUGUUCUGAGUUUCAUUGUUCUCGAUGCUAAUUCUACGUCAAUUCCAUAUUUUUACACAACUAUAUACACAAAUGGAGUGAUGAAACUUUUUGGUGAAAUAAGUCUUUUGUGCGUGCAGCGCGUGUGACACUCGUGUCGUACGUACGAUUGCUGUACAAAAUUAAAAGAAAGGAAUAUAUUGGCUGUAAUAGUGGUCAUUGUUUUAAUCUAUUAUGGUACGUAUUCAUACACCGUAACAUGCUCAUAUAUGCUAUUAUAAUCUUAUAAAACACAGGAUAUCGAAUCAAUAUAUCAUCGAUAAUAGCAGCUGAUAAAAUAUUACACAAUAAAGAGAUGACAACGA